AUGAAGUUGUCGCUUUGCUUCGACGAAAGUUCCUCUAAGAUGGAGACCAAUGUAACAGCAACAAAUGGCACGCUACUUGAGAACAUUUUUGCUGUUGAUUUCCAAGAACCCUCCACUUCGACUUUUGUCAGCGUGUCUCCACAUUCACGCGAUCUUCUCAUUGGAGAACUGCCAGAGAUUGACCCUAAUAACAUCACUGGUAUGGCCACAACUACUAAUGCCACGACGGAAAGUACGGGUCUCGAGGGUUUUUUCAGGACAGUAGAGUCAAUGUUUAACGAAAGUGCAUGGAUUGUCUACACCGUUAUUGCCAUUGUGACGCUGCUUAUCAUCUGCAUUAUUUGCUUCAUUUUUAUGUGGAUAGUGAAGAACAAAAAAAGAAUUGUACAACAAGAUGAUGAUCCAGUACUAGCAAAUGGUUACAAUGGCGGUAAUAGCUGGACAACGUGUUGCUUAUGCUGCCAAGCGCCGAACAAGCAGAGCCAACUUCAAGCUCGCCAAAAUUCGGCGAGUAAUCUGGACCCAUAUAAACGGCCUCCACUACCGCCAAUAGGAGCAAAGAACGGGCCUUACAUAAGCACAUUCAACAGCACUGAGGCAUUGGAUAACCUGGCCCGACCUCCUACAGUGGAUGAGAAUAGCCUAGCUAUCAAUAUAAAUAGUAUCCGUGGAGUGCCGCAUGUACACCUGCAGCCAGAGCAGUACCGUAAUCUGCCUCCGUUGAAGAUGCAUAAAUGAACUGCUCAGCAUAUCUAGCGCUUUGUGCUUUCCACAAAUACUGAUGUUUUCGGGUUCUGAAAUCUCGACUUAUUACGAGCUCAUGAUUCUCAGCUUUGAUGCCAUGUGUAUUAUGCUUAAAUUUACAUUGAUUGGUCUCUUGUUUUAAUGUUUCGAACUCUAAUUUCAGAAAAGUAUGUGUUGUGUUAUAGUAUGCCUGUACAUAUAAAAACAUUGAUG